AUGAAGCUCCUCUCCGCCGCCAUCCUCACCCUCAGCCUGGCCCGCACCAUCGCCGCCUCCCCUCGCGGCCGUGCCCACAGCAAAUCCCACUUCGCCUUCACCCCCGUCACCCCGCCCUCCGACGAGUUCAGCAUCAAAGUGCCCAGCCAGCUCUUCAUCAUCAUGUGCGAGAAUGCGGAGUUUGCUCCCCCGUGUGACGGCGGGUACGUGAGUCCUGGGUUGUGCUACUACACUCCCCACUUCGGUGUCUCUGCUGUUCAGCCCGGGCAGGACAUCUCCGGCUGCACCCUCUACCGCAGCAACGACUGCGACUACGCCGACGGCGAUCUGCCCAAUGUCGCCUACCCUGGCAUUGCGGACUUGACCGCGGAUGGCUUCAACGAUCAAGUCGGGAGCUUCAUCUGCUAUUAG